AUGGCUCAGACUUUAUCGGAAUCGGUCGGGUCUUUUGGUUUGUUCCUGAGCUAUUACAGCCAUGCGUGUCUCUCCAUCGCAAUCCUGCCUGAAAUGCCUGCAAUCGGAUGUGGGCCGAUUCAGGGAUUUGGCACAGAUUCUUUAUCCCAACUAGAUCUUGCUUAUCUGCAGCAAGUGCACAGACCUCGAACCCCGGCGGCCAGUGGCUAUACCAUACAGAGAGCAGACCCUCAUGCCUAUCGGGGAUGCCCUGACGUCGGCGAGCUGGGCCAUGCAUGCCGAGGGGUCGUCACAAUGCAUGCUGGUUUAUGCCAUUCCGGACAGCAGCAGCAUCCUCAAUGCUCGGCCCUUUACUCCGCCCUGUCGCCGGAGGGCACCCAGAUUGGGCUCUACCUUGAAAUUCUAAAGUGGCUUUAUCUCGCUUCUCCGUCUCGGUGCCUAUUUCAAUCGGCUCUUUUGCGUCGACGUAAUCAUCUUCUUUCUGACCCGCCUACUUCAUCGUCCACAUUUGCGCCCGGCCUUAACUCGCUAGACCUACCUCUUUAUUUUCCGCUUCAGAUACAUUUAUGA